GUUAUAUCAGGAAAAUCGCUCAUAGAUGUUUCAAAAUCAGAUUUUUGAAAUAUUUAGGGGUUCGAUUUUGUCAAAACAGUGAACCCCAUCGUAAGUUUAUAGGUUUAAUUCGGCCUAAUGAGUGAUGUUUAUAAUCGGGUCGCGGUCCGUAUCCGUCCUCUGCUCAGCAGAGAGCUCCUCCACCACCACCAGGAGUGUGUCCGGGUGGUACCGCAGGGUUCUGGGCAGGUGAUGCUCGGUUCGGACCGCCUCUUCUCUUUCGACCACGCAUUCGGACCCACAGCCAGCCAGGAUGAGGUGUAUGAGAGCUGUGUCCAGCCGCUGGUGGAGUCCCUGCUUGGUGGAUUCAACGCUACGGUGUUUUGUUACGGACAAACUGGCUCUGGAAAGACGUACACACUGGGAGGGGGAAGCCAAGAUGAAGGAGGAAUUAUUGAUCGUGUUGCCCAAGAUGUGUUUUUGUUGCUGGCAAAGCAGAAGAACAAUGACGGCAUUAAAGCCGUGGUGCGGGUCUCUUACCUGGAGCUAUAUAGAGAGGAGCUACGGGACCUGUUGGACAUCAACACUAACUUUAAAGAGCUUCACAUCAGAGAAGAUGAAAAGGGGAAUACAGUGGUGGUUGGUGCCACAGAAAUGGCUGUAACCUCCCCUGAAGAGCUGCUCGAUGCUGUGCAGAUGGGAAAUGCCCUCCGUCAUACUUGUGCAACCAGUAUGAACGAGCACUCCAGUAAGGACAUGGAGGAAAUGGAAAAGGAGAAAACAAGUGGUGGAGAUGGCUUGAAACAGGUUAGCGUACCUGUACUGGAUGAGAGGCUGAAGCAAGACACAGCUGCACAGUAUCUCCUCUUGACAAGGGAAGCUGCAACUUUGCUUGCAGAAAUCUCAGAGGCAUCUCCAACUGAUCUAUUCAGGCAGAAACUGCAAGACUGGCAGGAGAGACUGGCAGCUGUGGGUCAGUCACAUCCAGCAGACAAUAGUUCAGAGGGGAUUGGAGACCAAACUCUCAACUUAACCCAUUCAGAACUGAGAGAAGAACUCUACAAGUGUCAGAAAACCCUGAAAGAGAAAGAAUAUAUUUUGGAGCAAAAAGAGGAAGAACUGAGACAGGUUCAAAAAGAAGUUGAGAAAUUACUGGAAGAAAAGCAACUCCAACUUUUAGCCUUAGAGAAAGAGAAGAAAGCGUCUCAGAUUCAGAGAGAGCAACUGCUGAAUAAGCAGACUGAGAUUGAUCGCCUUCACAGCGACCUCAUGGAUGUUCAUGGGACGAGCCCCGGAACAGCUGGAGAAGCAAGGCCCUCUGGGUGCUCAUGUGCAAGACCCCACUGUGUCCCUAUAACUGGACACAGCUCUCUGCACAAGCAGUCCAGGAAGAUUCACUCAAGUCCACCAGCCUGCUCACUGGAGAGGGUGAUGGCAGCUUUUAAGAUGCGGGGCCGUCUACUGCUGGCUGAGAUGGAGGAGAAAGAUGAAAUCUAUUGCCCAUUCAGGACUCAGUGGAGAGAAAGCCAAGAAAUAACUCAAAAUAAUUAUGAGGAGGAGAAAACCAUGGGAAUGGAGAGAUCUGUGAGCAAAGAGGAAUUUAGACAUCCUUUAAAUCUAACAUGGACAAACUGGGAAAAGAACCCACUGCUGAAACCCCAAAGUUCUGGACUGAAACAAUCUAAUGGAAACACGGCUGUACAGGAGUCUGUUCAGGACAAAGACACUAAAGAAAACCAAACAAAGGAAGUUAGAAGAACCAUCAAUGCUGAACGGAGAAUCCAUGCACUCACCAUCAACAUCCGCAUGAAGGAAGACCUCAUCAAAGAACUAGAGAAAACUGCAAGGGAAACCCAAACAGUGGGAGCAGCGGAAGGGGACGUGUUGAAAAGACUGUCCAUUCAGAGCCAGCAGAUCCGAGCUGAGGUGUACCACAGCCUACAGAGCAUGAGGCGGGAGAGAGCAAAGCUUCAGAGCAGCCUCAGGGAGCUGGGCGAGACUGUGGACAGCAACAAAAAACUCCAACAAAAUAAGGGACAAAGUCCAAAGAGUUCAAAUAACCCUAAAGGCUUUCACCAGGAAGCAUCAGACAGAGUGCUGCUGGACACCAGCUGGCUUGAAAAAGAAGAAGAACAGGUCAUUCAGCAGAGAGCAGAGCUGCAGGAGCUGGAAGAAGAGCUGGAGAGAAAAGAGGAGAUCCUGCAGCACAGGGAGGAGAUCCUGCAACUAAAAAACAGACUCCAGGUCAAGGUGCUGCAGUCCAGUCAGGCUUUGAGUCAAGACUUGCUGCACGUGUCUGUUGAACUGGAGUCUGUGGAAGAGCAGCUUAAGGGCAAGAGCAGUAUAAGAAAGACCGAAGGAGUUACAAUCAGGGAACUGGAAAAAGACAGGGACAUGCUUAAGAUGAAAAGGGAUACUUUGGAAGCUCAACUGAGGGACAACAGGGUGCUCACCAUGGAGGAGGAGCAUUCCCUUCUCCAGCUGCAGGAAGCUGUGGAGGCACUAGAUGCAGUUCUUGAAUUUAAAAGCAACUCCAUCCAGGACCGGCAGAAGCACUUGUUAGUCAGAAACUCUCAUCUGUAUGAGUCCAAAGGCUCUGAACCUGCUCAACUCUGUGAAAUUUCUAGGAAGCUGAAGGAACUCUCAUUACCUGAGGCCACAGAGCUGUUGAUGAAAUAUUUCAACAAGGUAGUCUCUCUUCGAGAGGCAGAGCGCCAUUUACGUUUGCAGUGCGAAGAGUUGGAGCUUCAAGCCGGAGAGCAGGAGGCAGCGAUGAAGGAGAUGGGGGCAGCCAUGCAGCGUUUGGCCUUAGACACAGACCGCAGGCUUACCCAACAACACAGAGACCACCAAAACAACAUUCAGCUGCUACUACAGAAACUUAAAGAGGAGGCAUCAAGAGAGGUACCACAAUCAAUACAAGACAGAAUCCAUCAUCUGGAGAAAGAGCUGUUUUUCUACAAAAGCUCCAGUCGUCAGCUGAAAAAGAAGCUUAAAGAACUUCUCAAUGAUUCUCCUUACACUGACAAUCAGUACCAACACAAUCAAGAGAGCACACAGAGGCAGGACAUUCUUACACCGUUGAGUGUGGAAAACCCUAAAGCAAACUGUGGUGAGGAGGGAAAGAUGACACACAUUUUAUCCACAUACACAAAAAUCUCAACUGAGCAAGCAGAGGCAAAAGCACUUACAUCAUCACCUUCAGUCAUCCAAGCAUCCCCAAAGAGAAAAACCUCUGAACACAGUCAUUCCCAUGAAAGGAGUUCUAGAGGUCAGUCUGAGAAGAGUUUAGAGCUGACGCCUGUCAGAUUGUGUCGCAGAGAUUUAAGAGAGAUUCCUUCUGCUGACCUGCAGCUCAGAAGUUCUGCCACUAAGUGGUGCCACUCCGACGCUAAUUCAAGCUGUGAGUCUAUGAUGGAGGACUCAAUAGAAGUGCCUAGAAAAAUGUGAUUCUGCUUUAUUUUCCAUUUAGAAAAUGUUUGUUGCAGAUUUGAAGAGGAUAAUAUCAAAAGGUUCUGUUUAUUUAGCCGAUUGAUCAAAAAAGCACUAGAAAAUAGAUAUGUUUUUGGUAAGUUGUUGCAAAUUUCUUUGUUAAAUAAUAAGAAGGUGUUUUACUGGUUGGGUUCAUAUGAAAGUUAAAGUUGUUAUAUUUUUCAAAUUAUUUAUUUGCUCUUGUAUUUGGGAGGCAAAAUUAUAAGCUCUUGUCCAAAAUUUCUAAGUGCAUUAAAUUAAAUCAACAAUAUAAAAGUCUGCACUUCUCAGAUUUAUACCUAUCAUCUUAUUGUACUGUCUUUGUACAGUUGCUAAUCUCAUAGAUCCAUACAAUUUUUUUUUGUUCCAUUUUAUUAUAUAAGUAGCUCUUUUCUUUUUG